AUGUCAGCGCGCCAGGCGCAGAGCGCGACGCUGGCGGUGACGGGUGCGGUGUCGUGGCGGCGGGAGGGGCUGCGGUACAAGACCAACGAGGUGUUUUUGGACGUGGUGGAGGAUGUCAACCUGUUGGUGGGGGCCACGGGCAACGUGCUGCGGUGCGACGUGGUGGGGCGCAUCCUGAUGAAGUGCCACCUCAGCGACAUGCCGGAGCUGCGGCUGGGGCUCAGUGACACUCCUGAGGACGUCACCUUCCACCAGUGCGUCAACCUGGGGACGUAUGAGGCGCAGCAGGUGGUGACCUUCAUCCCGCCAGACGGCGAGUUUGAGCUCAUGAAGUACCGCAGCGCAGACGGCAUCAGUGUCCCAUUCAAGGUCAUGCCGGUCAUCAAGGAGCUGGGCCGCACCCGCAUGGAGGCCAACGUGACAGUCAAGUCCCUCUUCGGCCCCAAGAUGUUUGCGCUGUCCGUGGUGGUGCUGGUGCCCGUGCCGGACAACACCGCGAAAGCCAUUAUACGCGUGACCACGGGCAAAGCCAAGUACGACGCCACAAAGAGGGCCAUCGUGUGGAAGGUGCGGCGGUUUGCCGGCGGCACUGAGCACGGUCUGCGGGCCGAGGUGGUGCUGGUGUCCACUACCAAGGAGGCCAAGCCCUGGGUGCGGCCCCCCAUCAGCAUGUCUUUCCAGCUAUCCCAGAUCUCUUGCUGA